AUGACUUACCCUGCUGUGGUGUCCGUGAGGGACAAAGAACUUUGCAGACGCCCCCGGCAUCCUGCGGGGAGAGCGGCCGGAACGAGGUGGCCGGGACCCCGGGCAGAGCCCGUGGAUGUUCUGCGCGCGGCCUGGGAGCCGCCGUCGCCGCCGCCGCCGCCGCCGCGAGAGGAGGAAUGCACCGGCCGCCGCCGCGGGGCGCGCCCGCCGCUCCUGGCGCUGCUGGCCGCGCUGCUGCUGGCUGCGCGCGGGGCCACUGCCCAAGAAACAGAGUUGUCAGUCACUGCUGAGUUAGUGCCUACCUCAUCGUGGAACAUUUCAAGUGAACUCGACAAAGAUUCUUUCCUGACCCUCGAUGAACCGAUGAAUAACAUCACCACGUCCCUGGGGCAGACAGCGGAGCUGCACUGCAAAGUCUCUGGGAAUCCACCUCCCACCAUCCGCUGGUUCAAAAAUGACGCACCUGUGGUUCAGGAGCCCCGGAGGAUCUCCUUUCGGGCAACCAACUAUGGCUCCAGGCUGCGGAUUAGGAACCUCGACACCACAGACACAGGCUACUUUCAGUGCGUGGCAACAAACGGCAAGAAAGUGGUUUCUACCACUGGAGUCUUGUUCGUCAAGUUUGGCCCCCCUCCCACCGCAAGUCCAGGAUCCUCAGAUGAGUAUGAAGAAGAUGGAUUCUGUCAGCCAUACAGAGGGAUUGCAUGUGCAAGAUUUAUUGGCAACCGCACUGUCUAUAUGGAGUCUUUGCACAUGCAAGGGGAAAUAGAAAAUCAGAUCACAGCUGCCUUCACCAUGAUCGGCACCUCCAGCCACUUAUCUGAUAAGUGCUCCCAGUUUGCCAUUCCUUCCCUGUGCCACUAUGCUUUCCCAUACUGCGACGAGACCUCAUCUAUCCCGAAGCCCCGGGACCUGUGUCGUGAUGAAUGUGAAAUCCUGGAAAACGUCCUGUGUCAAACAGAGUACAUUUUUGCAAGAUCAAAUCCCAUGAUCCUGAUGAGGCUGAAACUGCCAAACUGUGAAGAUCUCCCCCAGCCCGAGAGCCCCGAAGCCGCAAACUGCAUCCGGAUUGGCAUUCCCAUGGCGGAUCCUAUCAAUAAAAAUCAUAAGUGCUAUAACAGCACAGGUGUGGACUACCGGGGGACCGUCAGUGUGACCAAAUCAGGGCGCCAGUGCCAGCCGUGGAAUUCCCAGUACCCCCACACACACACCUUUACCGCCCUCCGUUUCCCAGAGCUGAACGGAGGCCAUUCCUACUGCCGCAAUCCAGGGAAUCAGAAGGAGGCUCCCUGGUGCUUCACUUUGGAUGAAAAUUUCAAGUCUGACCUGUGCGACAUCCCAGCAUGUGAUUCGAAGGAUUCCAAGGAGAAGAAUAAAAUGGAAAUCUUGUACAUACUGGUGCCAAGUGUUGCAAUUCCUCUGGCCAUUGCUUUGCUCUUCUUCUUCAUCUGUGUCUGCCGCAAUAACCAGAAGUCCUCGUCACCUCCUGUCCAGAGGCAACCGAAACACGUCAGAGGCCAAAAUGUGGAGAUGUCAAUGCUGAAUGCAUAUAAACCCAAGAGCAAGGCUAAAGAGCUGCCACUCUCGGCUGUACGAUUCAUGGAAGAACUGGGUGAAUGUGCCUUUGGAAAGAUCUAUAAGGGCCAUCUCUAUCUCCCAGGCAUGGACCAUGCUCAACUGGUUGCCAUAAAGACCUUGAAAGACUACAACAACCCCCAGCAAUGGACAGAAUUUCAACAGGAAGCCUCCCUGAUGGCCGAACUACACCACCCCAAUAUCGUCUGCCUUCUCGGUGCUGUCACUCAGGAGCAACCUGUGUGUAUGCUUUUCGAGUAUAUGAAUCAGGGGGAUCUCCACGAGUUCCUUAUCAUGCGAUCCCCACAUUCCGACGUCGGCUGUAGCAGUGACGAAGACGGAACCGUAAAAUCCAGCCUGGAUCACGGAGAUUUUCUGCACAUUGCAAUUCAGAUUGCAGCCGGCAUGGAGUACCUGUCUAGUCACUUCUUUGUCCAUAAGGACCUUGCAGCUCGCAAUAUUUUAAUCGGAGAGCAACUUCACGUCAAGAUUUCAGACCUUGGGCUUUCCAGAGAGAUAUACUCUGCCGAUUACUACAGGGUGCAGAGUAAGUCUUUGCUGCCCAUUCGCUGGAUGCCCCCGGAAGCCAUCAUGUAUGGCAAAUUCUCGUCCGACUCAGAUAUCUGGUCCUUUGGGGUUGUCUUGUGGGAGAUUUUCAGUUUUGGACUGCAGCCGUACUACGGAUUCAGUAACCAGGAAGUGAUCGAAAUGGUGAGGAAGCGACAGCUGUUGCCCUGCUCCGAAGACUGCCCGCCCAGAAUGUACAGCCUCAUGACGGAGUGCUGGAAUGAGAUUCCUUCCAGGAGACCGAGAUUUAAAGAUAUUCACGUCCGGCUUCGCUCCUGGGAGGGACUGUCCAGUCACACCAGCUCUACGACCCCUUCGGGAGGAAAUGCCACCACGCAGACCACCUCCCUUAGUGCCAGCCCAGUGAGUAAUCUCAGUAACCCCAGAUACCCCAAUUAUAUGUUCCCGAGCCAGGGUAUUACGCCACAGGGCCAGAUAGCUGGUUUCAUUGGCCCACCGAUACCUCAGAACCAGCGAUUCAUCCCCAUCAAUGGAUAUCCGAUACCUCCUGGAUAUGCAGCGUUUCCAGCUGCCCACUAUCAGCCAGCGGGGCCUCCCAGAGUGAUUCAGCAUUGCCCACCACCCAAGAGUCGGUCCCCGAGCAGCGCCAGUGGGUCCACGAGCACUGGUCAUGUGACCAGCUUGCCCUCUUCGGGAUCCAACCAGGAAGCCAAUAUUCCCUUACUACCGCACAUGUCCAUUCCCAAUCAUCCCAGUGGGAUGGGUAUCACCGUUUUCGGCAACAAAUCUCAAAAACCCUACAAAAUAGACUCAAAGCAACCAUCUUUGCUAGGAGACUCCAAUAUUCACGGACACACCGAAUCUAUGAUUUCCGCAGAACUGUAAAAUGCACAACUUUUGUAAAUGUGGUACACGGGAAAAACUAGAAAGCCGUAGAAAAGAUUUAAAUGGAAAUGUUUUUAUUAAAGUAAGGUUCUCAUUUAGCAGACAUUGCAACAAGUAUCUUCUGUGAAGUUUAACUGUGUCUUACCAAGCAGGGCAGACACCAGCCAGGAAAAAAAAAAAAAAACACAUUGUGGGAUUAACACUCCAUCAGGGGUACAUGACAUGGCAUUGGGAUUGGGACAUCUGAUUUCAAGUACUAAAAACUGCAGACCAGUGAAGAGGAAAAGAAUUUUGUCAUUAAAUAACAAACCAAAAAGGAAAGUCAAAUGGUGCUUUGUGUCUUUGCCUUCGUUCUCCAUGACUGGUCUCUCCCCACAAUGUAUAUACCGUAGCAUUUGUCUACCUGCUGUCUUAUCUUCAGGACAAAUGUUCAGGAAUUAUGUUGAUUCAAUUUAGACUCUAUGCAUACUUGUAUGGAAAUGAUGUUCAGAAUCAAUGAGGAAACUUUAGGCAAAAUUUGAAAUCCCAGAUGGAAACGAGCCAUAAGACAAGUGUAAGAUUCCCCCAAAGCCUUCUACACAGUGGGGCCUCUUUGGGAAGGUGCAGAGUGCGCCUCCUUGUGAAUCUCCUCUGCUGAGCACAAAGGCCUUUUCCACACAAUCCUUUUCCACAGUGUGCUUACACAAGCGCUUGAAAUAAUAUAGGGCAUCAGACCAUAAGAAGGCUAGAUGCGGAUGCUGGAAUUGAUUGUUGGCUGAUAGUUCACUCCGCUGCAUUAGAAAUGAGGAACCAAAGGAAGCACAGUCAGGAAAAUGGCCCCUCGGCCUAGAUCAGCACCCAUGGGAGAAGAUCCAGGGUGCCCAUGGGGACAGCCUCACAGAAGCUUCCCUGGACCGGUAACAGUGAAGAAGAGAGGUGUGGCUGCAGACCAGCACAUCGAUGCUUACAACCUCCUGCAUAGGACUUGUCCAAGGUGUAGGGGUGCUCACCAUCAGUGAACUCUGGGGAAGUAGGAAACUCUAUGACACCGGUAUCUAGUUAAUGUUUCUCUCACCUUUUUUUCUAAUCUGGAAAUGUUCAUAGAUGUUAUUUCAGCACCAUAAGUUAUGACAGUUUAUUCAUAGAAUUAGUUGGAAUCCAAAGACUAUUAAUUCUAUUUUGCAAAAAUAUUACAGUAUUUAAAAAAAAUACAAACAGGUACUGAGUUCUCAUUUCAAAGAUUACCGUGAACUGAAUUUUUUAAGCUGGUGAAUAGAAGCAACGCAAUCAUUUUUGCCUUAGUUAGGAGGAAGGCAUCAAAUGUGCAUCUCAUGCCACUUACCUGCUAGCCAUCUUUUGCCAAGUUUAGAAUUCUUAUGGGUUUCAAGUUCUAUAUAGAAAGGAAUGUUAUGUUUGAUUUUUUCUCUUGUUAAAAAAAUAACUCCUUUAUUCUAAGAACAAUGUCUUAAGGUCUCAUUUUUUUUUUAUUUUACAGCUAAAGAGACUUAAAAAGAGACUUACAGGAUAUAAAAUAAUUCCUGGAAAUGAUAUUUGAUGAGGAGAAAAGGAGAACGAAAAAGAAUUAGAAGCAGAUUGAUGUUUCAAUUUUGUAAAAAAAAAAAAAAAAA